UUUGCGCUGAGCAAACUAAAAAUCGAAGAACAAAGUAAAAAAAAAAAACUAAAAACAAAAAAAAAAAUAUUAAAACGAUCGCGAAUUUUUAGAGUCUUUUGCGGCGAAACUAUCUUUUCUGUCCAGUUGAAUUGAGUGAGUGCAUGUUUGAGGCUUAAAUAUUUUUUGGACGCCGCGCCACUUUUGCCAAAAGAUAAUGUUGUUCUUGUGAAAACUGUUUUGGAUGAGAUCGGUUCGUUGGCGGUAUAACACAUCUCAAAGCAGGAUACCUACAUCAUCUUCUUCUCUUUUUUUUUUUUUUUUGCAUAAAAUCGUUUGGAUAUCGGGAUUCUAUCGAUCCGUGAGAUAACUUAGUGUUUGGCAAAUUUUGAAAAUAAAUUGAUUCGUUAUUCGGCGUUUAGCGAAAGUGGUUGUGGUCAGAACGAUUUGCCUUAUCCAAAAAAAAAAAAGAAAGAAAAAAACGUCGGAAUUUUUAAGUGAAGAGUAUUGUUCUAUCCACGUGAUCUUUGUUGGCGUAUUUCCUCUAAUUAAAGUGAAAAUAAAUAAAAUUCAAUUGAUUGGAAAAUUAUAAUUAAUUUUUCCUGUUUUAUUUGAAACACACAAUUGUUGUUGACUUUUGUAGUUCAUUUUCAUUUUUUUUUUUUUUUUUUAAUUGUUUGCUGAUUUUCACGGGAUUAAACCAAAAUGAAGUUGAUCGGCGUUUUAUUUGCACUGUCGCUGCUUUCCUUAACGAUGUCACAUUCCCUGUCCACUGAGGAAAAAUGUGUCCUGAAUUGUGACAUCAAAUCCUAUUUGCCAGUAUGCGGCACGGACGAUGAGGGUGAAACAAGGACCUUCAAUAACCUAUGUAUUUUGAAAACGGAAAAUUGCUUACGUAAUUUAAGUUUCCAAAAAACCGCUGAUGGUCCGUGCCCCUAGAAUGAGGCAGAAUGAUUGGAAUUUAAAUUAUAAUUAAUAUGUAUUUAUAUUUUGACCUAAAGAUUUAAUUUUAAAUCUAAGCGUAGUCAUGACCUAGGGCAAUGUAUACAACGCGUUUCAUCAUCAUCAUCACCAUCAUCAUUCUCUUCGAUUAACAGCGGUUCCAGGAGCAGACAACAAAAACUAAUAUAAAAAUUAUAUAUCUCAAUAGUGAUGCCAUAUAUUGUUCGAUUGGCAGCAAUUUAAAUUCAAACAAAACAACAACAAAAAAUCCUUACUUGAUUCGUCAUCUAUCUAUAGUUAUAGCAAUGUAUACAGAGCCAAUUUACGUGGUAUUUGUGUGAUAUUCUUAAGUUUGAUCAAUCAUGAAUGUAGAUUUGCAUAAUAUACGUUUUAUUUUUGUAUAUUUAAUGAAUACUUAUUAGAAAAUAUAAAGAGACAACGAAAAGAAUAAAAAACAAAAUAACAAAUAACAAAAGAAAUCAAAAAUACAACAACUUGGUAAACAAUUAAA